AUGGGCGGCAAGACAGCAGUUGUCACGGGAGCUACCGGCCUGUUGGGGAGGCAGGUGCUUAAGGCUUUUGCAAACAAUGACUGGACUGUCAAAGGAACUGGCUUCUCCCGCGCUGAUGGCACUGACAUCUUGAAGGUUGACUUGACCAAUGCUGAUGAGCUGAAGAAGGUCCUCGACGAUGUCAAGUUUCCCGACAAGGUUGACAAAGACCCCGAGGGAACACGAGCUCUCAACGUCGAGGCACCUCGCACACUUGCUCGGCUCUGCGCAGAGAGAGGCAUCUUGUUGACUUACAUUUCCACCGACUACGUGUUCCCCGGCAAGCCCGGCGAUGCUCCUUAUGAGAACAACGCCGAGCCUGCCCCGACCAACCUGUAUGGACAGACCAAGCUCGAGGGCGAGCGGGCAGUCCUCCAUGAAUUCAAGAUGGCCGGAAAGGAAGGUCUGGGAGUGGUGUUACGUGUACCCGUCCUCUACGGCUCAGCUAAGAGCAACGCUGAAAGUGCGGUGAAUGUCUUGAUGGAUUCAGUACUCAAAGCUCAGCAGGAGGGUGCCAAUAUCAACAUGGAUCAUUGGGCUCUCCGCUACCCAACAAACACCGAGGACAUUGGCCGGGUGCUCAAAGACAUCGCUGCCAAGUAUCUAGAGACCAGUGAUCGGAACUCGCUGCCGAAGAUUCUCCAAUUCUCGAGCGAGGAUAAGUACACCAAGUAUGAGAUUUGUCAGUUAUUUGCAGAGAUCAACGGAUUGCCCAUCGACCGGAUCAAGCCCAACACGGAAGGGAACGACCCGAAUGCAAGUGUCCAGCGGCCUUACGAUUGUCACCUCAGUACCAAGGCAUUGAAAGACUUGGGCAUUGACGUGUCGACCCAGGAUUUCGUGGGAUGGUGGAGAAGGGAGUUUAGGGCUUUUAGACACUGA